AAAUAGACCGUAUUCGUUUGAUAAGAUAAAAUAGUUGCUAGACGAUAACAUUUUAACAAUACCAGAUUAUCACAUACGGUAUAUUUAGGUAGCCAUCGAGCGGGAUGAGCCGACUUGGUUUGUGUGAUUGUGGAAGCGCGACCUACGCAGAACAAGAUGGAUCGUUCGCGGCGAAUACUUGUCGGUAUUUUGACCGUCUUGGUGUUGGCGAUAUCCUUCGCGAGGGCUGACGAAAGUUACAGACUGCCGAACAACACGCGUCCCACUCAUUACGAAAUCGAACUGAUCCCCUACAUCGUGGAGAGAAAUUUCACGUUCGACGGAGCCGUGACGAUAGACGUGACGGUCGAAGAGGCGACAUCGACGAUCGUUCUCCACGCGAAUAAAUUGGAAAUAUUCGACGACGAAGUGAGAAUAAACGGCAACGGGGUCAACUACGUGGGGGUGAAUUCCACCUACAAUUCGACGUUGCAUUUCUACACGAUCGUUUUACCGCGUGAUCUUCAACCGGGUGAUUAUUCGAUAUACGUGAGAUACACCGGAAUUCUACCGAAUGACAUGUACGGCUUUUAUAGGAGCUACUAUUACACGAGUUCGGGAGAAAUAAGGUGGCUGGCGACUACUCAGUUCGAGGCAACGUACGCCCGUCAAGCGUUCCCUUGCUUCGACGAGCCCGCUUUCAAGGCAAAGUUCACCAUCAGCAUCGCCCACUGGCCCAAUCAAACGGCUAUCGCGAAUUCCGCGACGCUCAACGUCUCCGCGCCUGACAACGAUAUCGAGGGCCGAGUUUGGACCAAAUUCGAGACCACUCCGUUGAUGUCCAGCUAUCUGGUGGCAUUCGUGGUUUCCGAUUUCGGUUACCAAGCGAACAGCGACGAGUCGUUCAAGGUAUGGGCCAGAGAAGAAGCUCUGAACACCACUACGUACGCUGUGCGCGUGGGAGAAAAAAUUUUGGAAUACCUCAGCUGGUACACGAAGAUAAACUUCACGCGAGCCUUCCAAAAAAUGGAUCAAAUCGCCAUACCGGACUUCUCGGCGGGCGCUAUGGAAAAUUGGGGACUCGUAACGUACAGGGAGCGUCUUCUCUUGUACAAAGACGGCGUGGCCACCAGUAGAAACAAGCAAAAUAUCGCUACGGUAAUAGCUCACGAAUUCGCCCACCAAUGGUUCGGAAAUCUGGUGAGUCCCGCAUGGUGGAAAUACACGUGGCUAAACGAAGCGUUCGCUACUUAUUUCGAACUGGCUGGAACCGCACCGGUCGAACCGACCUGGGAAUUGGAGAAUCAGUUCACGGUAGACAACUACCAACCGGCUCUUCUCACCGACAGUUUGGACACCAGUCACCCCAUCAGCGACGAUGUCUACACCCCCAGUCAGGUAGCAGCCAUUUUCGACACCAUCACCUACUCCAAAGGUGGUUCGCUGCUCCGUAUGUUGGAAACGAUACUGAGCACCGCUACGUUCCGUAACGGUUUGAACCGUUACUUGGAAAAGAUGGCCUUCGGCGCGGCGACCCCCGACGAUUUGUGGGAGGCGUUGGAACUCGAAAAAACGGAAAACGGAAGCAGUCUUCACCCGUUCUUCAAAGUCAAGACCAUCAUGGACACGUGGACGACUCAGAAGGGGUAUCCUCUCGUCACCGUUAUCAGAAAUUACACGACGGCGACUCAGGAGAUCACCCAGGAACGCUUUUUGCUAAAAGGCCGCGGCUCUUCAAACGACACCAAGUCGUACAGAUGGUGGAUUCCGCUAACUUACGCCACGCAGGAUAGGCUCAAUUGGUUCGACGAUCCGACCCCCGUCGACUGGAUGCGAGCUCAGGACGAGAGCGUUUUCAUAAGCGGAUUCUCGCCACUCUCUUGGAUAAUUUUUAACGUUCAACAAGCGGGUUUCUAUCGCGUGAAUUACGACGAAACGAAUUGGGGACUGAUAGCCGACUACCUCCAAACCGAGGCAUGGUCGAAAAUUCACGUAUUGAAUCGAGCCCAGCUGAUCGACGACGCUCUCAAUUUGGCCCGUGCCAAAUACUUGAAUUACAAAGUCGCUCUUCCGAUCACCCGUUAUCUCACCCGGGAAACGCACUAUUCGCCUUGGACAUCCGCCUUCACCGGGUUCAACCACUUGAACACGAUGCUCGCAAGUUCCGAGGCCUACCAAGAUUUCAAGGACUACGUUCUCUCACUAGUUGCUCCGAUACACGAAGCUCUCGGAUUCGAAGAACGUCCGGAGGACACGCACACGCAAAAAUUGCUCAGGCUGAACGCGAACUCGUGGGCUUGUAAGAUGGGAUCCCUUUCCUGCCAAAAUAAAGCUGAGGAGCUUCUACUGGAGUAUUACGCGGACCCUAAUCCAACUGACUCGACAAUCAGCCCCGAUCUGAAAGCUUGGGUGUACUGCGAGGGUCUGAGAAAGGCCAACGUGUCCGUAUGGAAUUUCUUGUGGAAGAGAUACUUGAGCACCGACUUCUCCGGAGAACAAACGUUGAUACUGUCCAGCUUGGGAUGCAGCCAGAACGAAGAAAUUCUCAACAAUUAUCUGGCGCUCUCCAUAUCACCGAAUUCAACGAUCCGUUCGCAAGACACCUACAGUAUUUUCUCGUCGGUUUACACCAGCAGUCCGUCCAAUGUGGACGUGGCUUUUGAUUUUCUCGCCAAAAAUUACGAAGCCAUAUCCGAAUUCUACGGCGGAAUGAACCGCAUAGGAAGCAUAUUGAACGGUCUCGCCUCCAGGGUGGUGAGCACAAAGCAGCUGGACAAGCUGAGGGCGUUCGUUCUCGAGCACGAGGGUAACCUGGGAGACGCGGCGUCGUCCGCGUUACAGGCCAUGGAAGUUGCUGAGGAGAAUCUUUCCUGGCUCGCGAGUUGCGAGGUCGACAUCGGAGAUUGGCUCGCCAAAGAGUUGGGUCGCAGCGGAGCCAACCGAUUCGGUUCAAGCGUUAUCCUGGCUACCGCGAUCCUCGCCGUUCUCCGAUUUUUCUAAAUUCUUUUUUAGAAUUUAGAAACGAAACGAAAAAAAAAAAAAAAAAGGAGGGGUCGUACGACAUUCGCGGCCCCGAUGAAUCCUCGUCCGUUACGAAGUCUUCGAAACCAGACACGCAUACGAUAAGAGACGUAAUCAAUGUACAAAGAUAUUAUAUUGUAUACCUGAUUAUUUUUUUUUUUAAUAAAAAUCAUCUUCGUAAAA